CCGCCCCCCUCGUCCCCCCCGCCCCGCUCCGGAGCCGCAGCCGGGCCGGCGGGCCAGGGGUACGCGGCGCACCCUCUCCCGUGCGUUUUCCAGCCAUCCAGGCCUACGAGGACGCCGUGUGAAGUAGGAACAGAGGGGACAGGGACACCCCCUUCAGCAGGAGCCGUCGGAGGGGCGGACCCGAGACCAGGAGAGCAGCCCCACUUGGAGCCUGGCUCAGGGUCUGGGACGCAGUCUGGAGUGCAGAGGGCCGGCGGAGCGCCGCAGAGCCAGCAGGCUGGCCCCAGCCUCCUGGGUGACAGGCCCUGCGCGGCUGGCUGGGAAGAAGUGACUGGAGACUGGACCUAGAGUCGUUCGGCUGCCUCACUCUCUUUUCUGAGCCCAGGGAACCAAGGAAUUUAGAGCAGCGUGUCCCCAUCCUAAAAAAGACACUUGCUUUCCAGAGCAGCGCCCUUUAUCUGAGACAGCGCUGGGGGAAGGGGGUCCUUGGAGCCUGGAACAGCACCCCACGCUCCUUCACCUGGGGCCUCUGGGCCUCACAGAGGACCCAGGGCUAGAAAGGAGGCCUUGGGCUCUUGCUGUCCCUCCCCUGGGGAGAAAGGAAGUUCCCUGCCUUCCCCGGGCCUAGGAGGAGCCUGGCGGCACCUGCGGGGUCCUGGCCCCUGAGGCUGCAGCAGCAGCAGCCAUGUCAAGGCCAGGCCAGGGUGUGAUGGUGCCGGUGAACGGGCUUGGCUUCCCACCGCAGAAUGUGGCCCGGGUGGUGGUGUGGGAGUGGCUAAAUGAGCACAGCCGCUGGCGGCCUUACACGGCCACCGUGUGCCACCACAUCGAGAACGUGCUCAAGGAGGACGCCCGUGGGUCUGUGGUCCUGGGGCAAGUGGACGCCCAGCUGGUGCCCUACAUCAUCGACCUGCAGUCCAUGCACCAGUUUCGCCAGGACACAGACGUAUGGCAGUCCCUGGUCCUCCUGCAGAUGGGACAGCUGAGGCCGGGAGGGACCGGGCUGCAGACCAUCCACAAGUGCUGUCCCCAAGACUCACAGCGCAACGGCUCUGCCAGUACUCCCAAGCCGGCGUGGCAGUGGGUGGCUGGUGUAUCUCCCAAGCCUCCGUCACUCAGCCCUGGUCACUGCCCCUACGUGAAUGUCCUGUCUGAGGACAUGCUAAGGCUGUUGGGAACCAGAGCAGCCCGUGUAGCCCCAGAGGCCUCCAGCAUCAGCUCCCUAGUUACAGGACCUCUGGGGACCCCCUCCCAGCCGAUAUGGGAGGCCCCUGUGGCUGGGGCUGACAGCAGAGGCAAGAAGGAUGACAACAACCUCAACCGGCCCGGGCCGCAGCGCGCCACCGGCGUGAGCGCACGCGCCUCCAUCCCGCCCGGGGUCCCCGCGCUCCCGGUGAAGAACCUGAAUGGUACCGGGCCGGUCCACCCGGCUCUGGCAGGCAUGACCGGGAUCCUGCUGUGUGCCGCCGGCCUGCCCGUGUGCCUGACGCGGGCCCCCAAGCCCAUCCUGCACCCGCCGCCCGUGAGCAAGAGCGAAGUGAAGCCCGUGCCCGGGGUGCCCGGGGUGUGCCGCAAGACCAAGAAGAAGCACCUCAAGAAGAGUAAGAACCCCGAGGAUGUGGUUCGAAGGUACAUGCAGAAGGUGAAGAACCCGCCCGACGAGGAUUGCACCAUCUGCAUGGAGCGGCUGGUCACGGCAUCCGGCUAUGAGGGCGUGCUUCGGCACAAGGGCGUGCGACCCGAGCUCGUGGGCCGCCUGGGCCGCUGCGGCCACAUGUACCACCUGCUGUGCCUCGUGGCCAUGUACUCCAAUGGCAACAAGGACGGCAGCCUGCAGUGCCCCACAUGCAAGGCCAUCUACGGAGAGAAGACUGGCACUCAGCCGCCUGGGAAGAUGGAGUUCCACCUCAUCCCCCACUCGCUGCCCGGCUUCGCUGACACCCAGACCAUCCGCAUUGUCUAUGACAUCCCCACAGGCAUCCAGGGCCCUGAGCAUCCCAACCCAGGCAAGAAGUUCACCGCAAGAGGCUUCCCACGGCACUGCUAUCUGCCCAACAAUGAGAAGGGCCGGAAGGUUCUGAGGCUGCUCAUAACCGCCUGGGACCGGAGACUCAUCUUCACCAUCGGCACGUCCAACACCACAGGCGAGUCGGACACCGUGGUGUGGAACGAGAUCCACCACAAGACCGAGUUUGGAUCCAACCUCACAGGCCACGGCUACCCAGACGCGAGCUAUCUAGACAACGUGCUGGCCGAGCUCACAGCCCAGGGCGUGUCCGAGGCCGCAGCCAAGGCCUGAGGCCCCUGGAGCUGCCCACUUUCCUUCCUGCUUUGCCCCCGGUCCGGCACUUGCCUCCCUCCGCCACACCAGGUGUGUCCUGGUGGCCCAGGUUCAGGGCUGGGGAGGAGCCCGCAGAAGGAGCCAGAAGCCUCCUAGGGAUCUGGCUGGUGGCGGUUGGAAUGAUGGGAGGAGGAUGGCAGGCCGGCCGCCCGACUUGCAGCUCCCUGAGAGGGUGGCAGAGAGAACACCAGAGCUGCAGCAACCUCCCUGCUGAAAAGACAGCCCCUCCCCCUCACGCAAACACACGUGUCCUACUGGACGCGCGCACGCACACCCACGUGCCUCUACUUACCCCCGGGCUGGGGGGGAAGAGACAGAACACCCCUGUGACACUCCUUGUGAACUCCCAUCCGUGUCUCUAGCUCAUCUGUGUAGGCUUGUCUGCAGGCAGGAUUCAGGUCAAGCCCCAGGGGGCCUGCUCGGGCUCCCCAGGGAAAGGGCUGCCCCCUUUGCUACCCACUGAUGGGCGCUUGUGAGCCCCUGGGGUAGGUGCCCCAGGCCAGUCAGCAUUUUUGCAAAAGGGCAGGCCAGAGAGGGGGUGACUAGAGGGAUCUUGUUUUGUGCUUGUGUCUCUUCAUCCUUCUGGGACUCUGACCUCCUUCUUCUCCCUUCCUAUCGCCAGGCCUUAUGUCUGUCCCAGAUAAAGGCACUGUUCUUUCCUCCCCAUCCUGUCCUCUCCACCAAAUCGCUCCCAAUGCCGAGAUCCAAAGGCUGGACGAGGCCGAGCUUAGGCCCACAGGGCUAAAAAAGCGGACCGGACCGCAAAGAGUCCAUUUCCCUUUCCCUGGGAGUGGGCAGUGGGGUGGCUGAUGGUCUUGGCCAACCAGGGGCCUGUUGCCCAGGCAACUCACCAGCUCCGCCUCUGUUGAUUGGCUGCCACGGUGGAAGUCAGCCAAGAUUUAAAGGGACGCCAGCGAUUGCUCUUUUGAAAACCUACCAGUCCCACUGUGGGUGGAGAAAUAAAUGGUCUUUCUCCUCCUCA